AACAAAUAUUACUCGCUGGCGACGCCUUUGCGAGCUCUACUCUGUGCGUGUGUUUUGUGUAAAUUAUUGUAAAAUGUCGGCUGAAGUAGAUUUUAUAAAUAAAAAGGAAGUGCACCUACGCACGCUAAAGCAGUCUGGACAUGUUGGAUUUGACAGUUUGCCCGAUCAACUGGUCAAUAAAAGCGUGCAAAACGGAUUCGUUUUCAACGUUAUGUGCAUAGGCGAGACGGGUCUGGGCAAAUCCACAUUGAUGGACACACUGUUUAACACCAGUUUCGAGUCGACGCCGAGUCCCCAUACGCUGCCCAGCGUUAAAUUGAAGGCCCACACAUAUGAGCUGCAAGAGAGCAAUGUGCGGCUCAAGCUGACGAUCUGCGAUACUGUUGGCUAUGGCGACCAAAUCAACAAGGACGAUUCGUUCAAGGCUGUUGUCGACUAUAUUGAUGCCCAGUUUGAGAAUUAUUUGCAGGAGGAGCUUAAAAUCAAGCGCUCCCUUGUCACGUGCCAUGACAGUCGCAUACACAUUUGUCUGUACUUCAUCUGUCCGACUGGACAUGGUCUGAAGUCCUUGGAUUUAGUUUGCAUGAAGAAACUGGACAGCAAGGUGAACAUAAUUCCGGUGAUUGCCAAAGCGGAUACCAUUUCCAAGGUGGAGCUGCAGCGCUUUAAAGCAAAGAUCAUACAGGAGCUCAACACAAAUGGCGUGCACAUCUACCAGUUCCCCACUGACGAUGAGACCGUGGCGGAGACAAACAGUCUGAUGAAUUCGCACAUUCCGUUCGCCGUUGUCGGCAGCACUGAAUUCAUCAAAGUGGGCAACAAGCUCAUUCGCGCUCGCCAAUAUCCCUGGGGCACGGUCCAGGUAGAGAACGAGACGCACUGCGAUUUUGUCAAGCUGCGUGAGAUGCUCAUUCGCACAAAUAUGGAAGAUAUGCGCGAGAAGACGCACACACGACACUAUGAACUCUACCGUCAGAAGCGGCUGGAGCAGAUGGGCUUCAGUGAUGUGGACAGUGACAACAAACCUGUCUCAUUCCAGCAAACUUUUGAGGCAAAGCGCUCUAAUCAUCUUGCCGAGCUUCAGUCCAAGGAAGAGGAGGUGCGCCAGAUGUUUGUGCAGCGAGUCAAAGAGAAGGAGGCCGAGCUCAAAGACAGUGAGAAAGACUUGCAUUUGAAGUUCGAGAAGUUAAAGCGGGAUCAUGCGGAGGAGAAGCGCAAGCUUGAAGAAUCUCGAAAAGCACUCGAAGAGGACUAUUUGGACUUUCAGAGGCGCAAGCAACAGCUGGCCACAGCACACCAUACACUUACGCUGGGAAAAAGCAAGAAGAAGUAGACAGACAUUACAUAUAAGCAAUUGUCUUCAAGUAUUUUGUACGGUUUGCGUAUCCCAAAGUAAUUAUUGCUUUUUCAUCUCGUUGUAUUCAUUUAUGCUAUUAAGUUUUCUUCAAAUAUUAACAUAUACACCAACGUACAUACAUAUAUGCAUACAUACAUAUAAGUAUGAUUAUUUACAACUAACGAAUAAACGAACUUAG